AUGGAGGUGGUGGUAGAGUGCGCCAAGUGCGAGUGCUGCGGCCUGGUAGAGGACUGCACCCGGGACUACAUCCUGGGCGUGCGCGCGGCCUUCGGCGGGCGGUGGCUCUGCGGCCUCUGCUCGGAGGCGGUGCGGGACGAGGCGGCCAGGGGCACGGCGAGAGGCGCAGGCGCCGCGGCGGCGGGGCUGGAGGAGGCGCUCCGGGACCACAUGGCCUUCUGCGGCAAGUGCAGGCGGAGCCCCGCGUUCCGGGUCGCCGACGGCAUGCGCCAGAUGCUGCGCAGGUGCUCCAAGUGA